CAGUCUUGCUUAUGGAAUUGUGGAAGAUCUGAGAUCAAUGAAAAAACAUUUUUGCCUGCAAAAAAGGAUCAUUUUGGUUUAUCUAUUUUAAAAUAAUCAAGUUGAUGACUUGUCUACAAGAUUUCUUCCCUGCCAUCUGAAGAACAAAGUGCUUUUCAACCUGUACUUCUGUAGCACUAUGACUAACUGUAAAGGCAGAUCAACCAUCUCCAAAACAAAUAGCAAAGUUCACGACAGAGAAGGUUUUGUAAACUGGACCAUAAAUCUUAAUACUAUUCAGUCAGAUAAAUUUUUGAGACUGCUUUUGAGUAUGGUUCCUGUUGUUUACCAAAUAAACCAGGAGGAAAGACAUAAAAAAGUGAAUGGUGUCUGGCAAGAUGGAUUACAACCAGCAGGGCACAAUUUCAAUGUUCGAUCUGAACUACACACAGAGUACCAUCACUUCUCAGAACCAACUUUUCUCAGCAGCAAUGGACACAGCCCAUCUAGCUCUAGCCCUAAAUAUGAUGAUUUCACCAAUUAUAACUACUGUGAUGGAAUGGACACUUCAGAAACAGAGGCCAUGUUGCAAGAGGACAAUCUAUCUAGUGACGGUAACGAAGAUACCAUUGUGGAAGGCAGUAGAAAACAACCCAAAGAAUCCAGUAGUAUUAUGGCAUUGCAGAUACUUGUACCUUUUUUGCUAGCAGGAUUUGGAACUGUUUCUGCUGGUAUGGUUUUGGAUAUUGUACAGCACUGGGAUGUAUUCAAGAAUGUUACUGAAGUUUUUAUCUUGGUUCCUGCACUUCUUGGUCUCAAAGGAAAUUUGGAAAUGACCUUGGCAUCCAGGCUGUCUACUGCUGUAAAUAUUGGGAAAAUGGAUUCUCCAAUUGAGAAAUGGAAUCUAAUAAUUGGCAAUUUGGCCUUAAAACAGGUUCAGGCAACAGUAGUUGGUUUUCUGGCAGCAGUGGCUGCUGUAAUAUUGGGGUGGAUUCCGGAGGGCAAAUACCGCUUCGAUCAUUCGGUCCUUCUGUGUUCUAGCAGCGUAGCAACUGCAUUCAUAGCUUCUCUUUUACAAGGAAUAAUAAUGGUGGGAGUUAUUGUUGGCUCGAAGAAGACUGGUAUUAAUCCUGACAAUGUUGCCACUCCUAUAGCAGCAAGUUUUGGAGAUCUUAUCACUCUUGCUAUACUAGCAUGGAUAAGUCAGGGUCUUUAUACUUGCCUUGAGACAUAUUCCUAUGUAUCUCCUUUGGUUGGUGCCUUUUUUUUGGCUCUGACUCCGAUGGGGAUUGUCAUAGCUGCCAAACACCCAGCUACCAGAACUGUUCUCCAUUCAGGAUGGGAGCCUGUUAUAACUGCCAUGGUUAUAAGCAGUAUUGGUGGCCUUAUACUGGACACAACUGUAUCUGAUCCUAACUUAGUUGGAAUUGUUGUUUAUACCCCGGUAAUUAAUGGUAUUGGUGGUAAUCUAGUAGCUAUUCAAGCCAGCAGAAUUUCUACCUACCUCCAUUUACACAGCAUCCCUGGAGAGCUGCCAGAAGAAGCCAAGGGUUGCUAUUAUCCAUGCAGAACCUAUUACGGUACAGGUGUAAAUAACAAAUCAGCCCAAGUUCUGCUUCUUUUGGUGAUUCCUGGACACCUGAUUUUCUUGUACACUAUCCACUUAAUGAAAAGCGGCCACACUUCCUUAACUCCCAUCUUUAUAGCAGUAUAUUUGUUUGCAGCUCUGCUACAGGUGUUUACUCUGUUAUGGAUUGCUGACUGGAUGGUGCACCACUUCUGGAAAAAAGGAAAAGAUCCUGACAGUUUUUCUAUUCCUUAUCUGACUGCACUGGGAGAUCUGCUUGGAACUGCCUUAUUAGCUAUAGGUUUUCACUUUCUGUGGCUCAUAGGUGACAGAGAUGGUGAUGUCGGAGACUAGCUGCUCCAAUGGAUGCAGUGACCUUUCCUGGAAUAUUGUCAAGGCCACUUGGAUGUCCUCAAAGUGAUUGUUCCAUCUGGUAUAAGUAAAUUGAGAUGACACAGAUAAAAACCAGCCUUAAUGAUUUUAAUGUGGUUUGUUUCUUAAAAAAUAGGAUGGAACUAGGAGGAUACUUGAGACUUUGAAGCCAAAGUGGAUUGCUGCUAAUCAAAACCAUCUGAGUAGACAGAGUGAAGGGCAGAUCAAUCCUUUAUCAAGUUUUAAUUUUUUAAAAGAUCUGUUGUUUUAAAAGAACAGUUCCUUACCUGUAUGGCAAACCAGAACAAUCUCUAAUUGCUCAUUCACUGGUGAUGGAGAAGAGGGUAAGACCCAACCAGUGGCUUACCUUGUCUUUCCCUCCUGGGAACAAAGUGGGUAUGGAUUUUCAUCUUACCACAGAAGUGGUUAGUGGACCUCAGAUGAAUACAGUUUCAUAGACAUUACUUAAUUAGCUGAUGAUAUGUUCUUAUCUUGCAGUUUCAGGGCUGUAGCUCUCUGACCGUUGCAGACUUGAUAUCAAUAGUAACUGUUAUGGUGAGUUGAACCCUGACAGUCUAAACACUUUGUGGCUUUAUUUCAUGUAUAUUAAUGUGACCAUCAACAUUUUUGGAAUUAGACACUUGAAAAGCACUUUGUGCUGAAAAAAAGCAACCUACUUAUUUUUCUGUUGUGACUUAUUAGAAAAAGACCAUAGUAAAGACAAAUAAAGUGACCCUGACCUGAUCAAUAAUAAUGAAUUAACUCCUUGCAUUGGAAAGUGUAUUUUCAUUUAGCAACUGAAAGGAUGUUUCCCUAACUGAUAUUAAUGGUGGUGUGAUGGCCAGUGUCCUGAUUUUAAUGACAUGUUUAGAGGUGUUGAUUCAAAUGUAAAUACCGAUGAUCCCUGAUGAAAAUUUGGGGGAUAAAAGAUCAUGUUUCCUUUUUUAGACAUUUAUGUGAACUUCUAAAAUUGCAGAGCUAUCUACAUGAUCCAUUUCUAAGCAAUAGUCUCUGCUAACAGGCUUGCUGCUUUCAAACAUGGCAGUAAUGUAGUCGAUACAGGAUAUGUCUGUUUCUGAACGAUCUCUCUUACUUGUAUACCUCAGUGUUUCAAAGAAGACAUUGAUCACGAGGACUCUGGCUGCCACUUUGAAAAGAUGUACUAAUUGCUCUGUGUUAAGAUCUAGUGAGAGCUCCUCACAGCAUAUGCUUUCAAAGGCUGCAGCAGAACAAAAUGAACAACCCGUGCUUGAAAUGUGAUUUAUCGGUUUAAAAUUUGAGACUUAAGUUAGACAACUAAGUCUGUAUAUCAGCCUAUGUUGUAAUCCUGUAAAUGUUAGCCAAGUGAUUUAUCACAUAUGAAUCCUCCUUUUUCACUUGGUGGACUUGCUCAGAUUAAUUUGUGUGGAUAGUGUUAAUGGGACUUCUGUAGGUGUCAGUCACCUUAAACUCUGUGGAAAUUGAAGGUGUUUGCAAUUCUGAAAAUGAAACCAGCUAUUCAGUGCCUACGCAGGGAUUUAGAUGCCUGACUUUUAGCUUCCUCAUGUAAACCCUUUUAGUUAAGCUUUUUCUUAUGGCUAUGAUAAUAUAGUUGUUUGAACGAGUCAUCUGUAUUAUGUCUUUUACUGAAACAGUUUCUUGUAUGUAGCACUGCAGGAUAUACCAUUAAAUAGUUUCAAAUGGUCUAGAUGUAAUUUUUUUUUCCACCAAUGGUUGCUUGUUUGGUAGAAAUUUUUCUGUUCUGAUAUGCCUUCUGAUUCAAUUAGGCUGCCAUUUCAAGCACUUUUCUUUACUUGAGUUACUGUCUUUUAAUUGAUUUUCUAAUUAGUUUGAAAAUUAAUAGCAAGAUUUUUUUAAAACACAGAUUUCUUGAGCUGCUUGUAAUCAGUGCUUCAUCCAACAUGCCAGGGCAUUGUAGUGUUCAGUCAGAGAGAGUAUUCUCAGUGUAUUAAAUGUUUUCCCAGUAAAUAAAAACCAGUUGGCAUAGUC